AUGUCAGCUUCUUCCAAGAAUCCUAUCGUUUUUAUCGGCGCCGCCGGUGAGAUGUGCCAGGUCGCCAUUGAGUUGUUUGCCAGCGCGAGUACCGCACCUCUGGUCCUUGCCGACAUCAACGAGGCUAACCUCGAGCGUGUCAUCUCCAAGCUCCCUUCUGGACGUGCGACCACCCGCAAACUUGACCUCUUUGAUCAUAGUGCACUGCGCAACAUAGUCAAUGGUGCCGCUCUCGUCGUGCUAGGUGCUGGCCCGUACAAACGGACUUCAGGUCCUGUCCUUGAGGCUUGCCUUGAGGCAAGGGUGCCUUACCUCGACUAUGAUGACGACGUAGAGAGCACGCAGGCUGCACUCAAUUUGAACGAGCGGGCGAAGAAGUUAGGUGUGCCUUGCUACAUUGGGUGCGGCGCUUCGCCCGGUAUGAGUAAUGUUAUGGUGAUGGACGCUGUCAAGGAUCUUGAUACUGUGGACACUAUCGAUCUUGCCUGGUGGGUCGGCGACUCCCGAAAUUCCGGCACCGGCAAGGCUGUGGUCGAGCAUUUUCUAUGUAUCGCUGCCGGGCCAUGCUUGACGUGGGCCGAUGGAAAGGCGACUAUGAACGAAAGCUUCGUCGAGACCGCAUAUCUACCCGUUAUACCCGGCCACGGUGAAACUCUGCUACAUGAGACUGCUCAUCCAGAGCCAGUCACACUGCCACGGCUCUUUCCAAACGCCACUAGGAUCCGGUGCUUGGGCGGUAUCGAUCCAAUUCCAGCCAGCGCUAUAGCACGCGGUAUCGGGUCUGCUGUUCGCACUGGCGCUAUGCCCAUGCAAGCCGCCGUGGAUUACCUCUACGACAUGGUAGCCAAGCAACCUUCCUACGAAGGCUUGAGUGCUUCAAUUGGUGCCCUGAAAGAACAACUCAGGGGCGGCGAUAUUUCGUUGAACGAAUUGUCUCAGUUAGUUUCUCACACCGCGGAGACUCUAGGACCGAUGCGAUACGGUCUCUCAGGCAUGUUAGAGUAUAUCCGAAAGGGUGAAAUCUCGAUUAUGCAGUGUCUGGGGUAUUUAGUCAACGUGGCUCGCGGCAAACCAGACCCACAACGCUCGGGAUUGCUGGUACGAGUUGUUGGUACUCGUAAUGGGAGCCCAGCCGUGGCUACCAGACGCAAUCCCACAACCGGCCUGGACUCUUUUCUAGGAAAGAGUAUGGGCGCUGCGACGGGGGCAUCUGCCGCAGCUUUCAUGCUGAUGGUGUUGGAACCGGCCGGUCAGAACCAUGGAGGCGGCGUCUUUUGUCCCGAGGAUUGGGCCGAGCCACAACGCUUUUAUAAGGCUUUGGAGCGGCUCGGAUGCCCACCGGAUGAGAUUGUCGAAUCAAUCUAG